CGCUCUCCAUCCAGUUUUAGUCCUCUGUCUCUCACACAUUUUUUUUUUUUAAUCUUUGCACUUCUUCACACUGUGUGUUCUGCGGGAUGGGCUGUGGGAAUUCCACAGCAACCAGCACGGCUGGAGGUCCGCCUGAGGCUGCCAAAGAUGAGGCUGAGGAGCCUCACCCAGAGGAUGAGAAGAGGAAGAACUAUGGAGGAGUGUAUGUAGGCUUACCUACUGAUCUCAGCAGCGUGACAACAGUCCAAACCCCAUCCACACAUAAAGAUUAAUGAUGACUCGGUUGCUGGCUACAGCACAUGUGCAGGUCUUUUCAAAGGGACGUCAGACUCAGCUUUUGCUGAUUCUCAGGGAACUGACACAAGAUCAGGCCAGGUGAACUCACAGGGCCAAGAUUGCAGCAUUGCAGAAGAGGCUGUUGAGCUUGAGUUUGGUCUUAACUGCCCUUUUACACUGACCUAAGACAAGCCAUGCGGCAAUCUAAACUGUUAUGCACUAGUCGUCACUAUUGAAACCUCAUGACUCUUUUCUUUUUCCUUUUCUUUUUUAUACACCAUUUGAAAAUGCCGCUACCCUGUACAGUGGGCGAAUAUUUUUUGAUGAAUGGGCAAAAGAAAUGGUCAAAAAUACUUGAAGUCUCUUUACACUACCGAAGAAUGUGUUUUUUUUAAAGUUUUCUUUUCCGAGAUGCGAGGAUUUGUCUCAGCAUGGAGCAAAACUGGAGCAAAACUGCUCCAAGAUCUGCAUGGAAAGGCCUACAAACACUGUCUCAGGACUUUAAUCAAGUGUGAUGACUUUUUCUGUUUCUGAUUGUCCAUAAGAACUCCACUAUUAUCUGCUGCCUGCCACAGCUUGUCUAGUGUGAUAUAAGAUGUUUUUACUGCCACAGCCUUCUUUAAGGGAGAACAUAAACUCAGUAACUAGCACACAGCCGACACACUUCAGCUCACCAAGAACACUCGCAACCCUCCCUCGUGGAAUUCUUGACACUGGGUGCUUGUGUUUGAAAGUGAAGAGUAGAAGGUGGGAGUAGAAAGAGAGAGACAUGGAGAGAGAGCGCUGGGGUGAUGGGGUUAAAGGUAUAGAGGGUACAGUGGAUUCAUGGGUUUUCUAAAAAGAGUCAAACGCAGUCUGUAUUUCUAUCUGAAUUAAGACGACUCUUUUCCUUUUCUGCUCAGUAGUGUUGCCUCCUGGAUAGGAUUUCCCUACAUUGUCCAUGUUUUGGUUGCCUGUCCAGAUAUAAAAUUUAUUCCGUUCCUAGUUUUGAAUCUAAGCAUUUUCAUUUUAGUAUAUCAUAUGAAAUUUACACUGCUUUUUUCUAUCUAUCUUCGGAUAGACCUAUUUUUUUCUUUGCAUACACU